AUGCUCAACGACGACGAAGACGUUUUCGACAGCGUUACCUGGGAAUCCCCUUCAGCGACUGGAUACGACAACCACGAUGAAAACGCUGCCAUAGGCCCAGGUUUCAGACAGAGCACAGCCGAUGGCAAUGACGACCCACUCCAACCCAAAUGGGAGGGAUACCUCAUUACCUCGGUGCGCGACCCAGUCAAGGAACUUGCUGAAACAAAGGAUGCAUAUGUUUCGUACCUAGUGUCGGCCAAGACAAACCUUCCCAUAUUCUCGACCCCGAACCCUUCAUCCCGACGUCGGUUCCAAGACUUUGUAUUUCUCAAGGAGAAUCUAUCGCGAGACUUUCCAGCAUGCGUCGUCCCAGCGCUCCCCGACAAGCACCGACUUGAAUACAUCACAGGGGACCGGUUCAGUCCCGAGUUCAUGGAGCGUCGACGGGUAGACUUGCACCGUUUCCUCCAACGGAUAGCUCGACAUCCAAUCCUGCAGCGGAGUACCCUCGUGCGCGCCUUCUUCGAGUCGACAGAAUGGCACGUAUACAUGCACCAGCAUAUUGCCCACCCCCCGACGCAAGAGCCGGCACCUGGACUCAUUGAUAAUCUCUCGGACACCCUGUUGAAUGCCUUCUCUCGUGUGCGCAAACCCGACGAGAGGUUCCUCGUCAUGCGGGAGAACGUCGACAAGUUCGAGGAAGGUCUAACUUCGAUGGAACGGUUGUACACCCGGCUUCGAAACAGGACGAGUGAUUUGACUGCCGACUACCAUGACCUCGCCGUUGCGGUCCAAGGACUAGGAUUCUUGGAGUCGGGGAUCACAGAUCCCUUGAAUCACUUCUCGAAUACACUCCUAGAGUUCUCAGCACUCUUGCGACACCUGACACAAACGACGACUGAUCCGCUCCUGGUCCACCUCCAUUCACUCUUGACGUACUCACAUGCGAACCGAGCCGUGCUUAAGCUCCGAGACCAGAAGCAGCUUGAUCUCGAGGAACUAACAGAUUACUUGUCUGGCGUAACCGCAGAACGCGAUCGCCUUUCUGCGAUCAUCAGCGGCCAUGCUGGAAGUUCGGGAUUGGGCAUCGGUGCGUAUAUCAAGGAUAGAGUGGAUGCUCUGCGUGGUGCAGACGACGAUCGGAGUCGGGUUGAGAAGAUGAAGAAACUUGAUUCGAAGAUUAAAGAGCUGCAAGAUGCUGUGACCACCGCCCAUGAGACAUCAGAUGCCUUCAAUGACGCAACACUGCGGGAGCAAACUAUCUUCCAAUAUGCGAAGCAAGAAGAAUUGAAAGAGACUCUUGGAGAACUUGCGGAUGGGCAGAUCGAGUUCUACAAGGCGGCGAUGGAGGAGUGGGACAGAAUUAUACCCAUCAUACAGCGUAUUCGUGUGGACGUUUAA